AUGAAACUGAACACUGCAAAGUGUAGAUUCGCAGUGGCAUCAGGAGAAUUUCUCGGGUACCUUGUCACGUGUCGUGGGAUCAAAGCCAAUCCUAAGCAGAUAAACGCGUUAAUAGAGAUGGCCUCGCCAAAGACGAAACGGGAAGUCCAAAGACUAACCGGAAGAUUCGCGGCCUUGAACCGUUUCAUCUCGCGCUCCACGGAUAAGUGUCUUCCUUUCUACGACACGCUGAAAGGGAAUAAGAAGUUCGAAUGGUCGGAGGAAUGUGAGAAAGCUUUCCAACAGCUAAAACGUUACCUGGCCACUUCUCCCGUCCCCACAAAACCAGUGGAGGGAGAACCCUUGUUCAUGUACAUGGCAGUCUCCACAAUAGCGGUAAGCGGCGUUUUGAUUAGAGAGGAACGCGGUGAGCAAAAACCAAUCUUCUACAUAAGCAAAACGUUACUGGACGCUGAGACCCGGUAUCCCCUGAUGGAGAAACUAGCAUUCGUAGUUGUGACAUCGGCAAGGAAACUCCGGCCGUACUUUCAGUCGCAUACCAUAAUAAUCCUCACCACCUUCCCCCUGCGAACGAUCUUGCACAGUCCGAGUCAGUCAGGACGACUCGCAAAAUGGGCAAUCGAACUAAGCGAGUACGACGUGGAGUACCGCCCAAGAACCUGCGCAAAAUCUCAAGUACUAGCGGACUUCUUGGUUGAAUUGCCCACGGGGGAUAUGACAAACACGGAACCGGACUCAACUUGGAUCCUUCACGUCUACGGAUCAUCGUCCAAACAGGGAUCCGUGAUCGGAAUCCGGCUCACGUCUCCGACUGGCGAAGUCUUGGAACAGUCAUUCCGAUUGGAAUUCCAUGCGUCGAACAACGAGGCUGAAUAUGAAGCAGUCUUCGCAGAAUUACGAUUAGCCCAUGGGCUUAAGAUCUGCAACAUUCACGCUUACUGUGACUCUCAGUUAGUCGCAAAUCAGUACAGCGGAGAAUACGAAGCGAGGGACGAAAGAAUGGAUGCAUAUCUAAAACUCAUCCAAGACCUCUCCCGAGAUUUCAACCACUUCGCCCUCACUAGGAUUCCUCGCUCGGAAAACACUCAGGUGGAUGCCUUGGCCGCACUCGCAUCAAGUUCGGAUUCUGGACUAAGACGAGUAAUCCCCGUCGAGUUCAUCGAACACCCAAGCAUCGGACCACCAGUGGUAGCCAAUCUGAUUCGAGCACAAAUCAAAAAUGUGGAGGAAGUCGAAGACCCACCAGAAGAAAACAUGGAUCAGUCGGAAUACGGCUGCGACAGCCCAUGGCUAGAGCCAAUCCGAGCAUACAUAAUCAACGGAACGUUUCCCACUGAGAAAUGGGCGGCCCGCAAAAUCAAGACCCAGGCCGCGCGAUAUGUAACGGCAGAAGGAGAAAUCUACAAAUGGAGAUUCUCCGGCCCACUCAUGACCUGCGCCGAAGGCGAAAAAGCAAGAAGAGUAAUGGAGGAGGUUCAUUCUAGAUCAUGUGGGAACCACUCCGGUGGAGGAUCUCUCGCCGUAAAAAUAAAACGCCAUGGUUAUUACUGGCCAACUAUGAUCAAAGACUGCGAGAAGUUCGCACGGAAGUGCGAAAAAUGCCAAAGGCACUGGAGGAGGUUCAUUCUAGAUCAUGUGGGAACCACUCCGGUGGAGGAUCUCUCGCCGUAA